UCCUAAAGAUCAUCGAAUGGGUUCAUUUUUUAUGACCGUACGGAUUUGUCAUUAAAUCAUUAAAAUGAGUGAAAGGAGAAAAACGAAAAUCUUUCUCAGAAUUCUAUUUGCUUUUAUUCUGCAUAAGUCUGUAGAAAGUCAUCCAUCAGAUGUCAGAAGCAUCGACGGAUUAGAUGUUGGCCCACCUUAUAACAUUGUCAGAAAUCCUGAUGAAGGCGUUUCAGUAAAAGAAGAAAAUCAAACCAUUUCUGUGAACUCAUUAGGAAAGCUAAAAGAUUCUUCGCUUGAAGCUGAGACUGGAAAUAAAUUGAUUAAUUUACUUGAAACUACCAAUUUUUUUACCACAGCUGAACCUCAUCAGGAAACUGACCAAGAGCUAAAAUUAUAUAUAGAAGAAGGAGUUAAUGAAAAAGAAGAGAAGGAGGGUAAAAUUGACGAUGGAUCAAGUUUAGAAUCGAUUUAUGGUACAGAUGAAGAGUUUAAUGAAGAGAUUAAUACCGUAAUCAUUCAUGGCAAUGGAAGUUCAUUUACAAUAAGACCGCAUAAAAUGAUUGUAAUAAAGGACUCAGCAGAACUGGAUGAAGAAGACGAAGAAGAUGACGAAGAGAAGGCCAGUGUCAUACUAGGUUCUUUAAAGAAUGAUAGUUACAUUCAUAGAAUAUCACGAAGAAAAGUUUCACCUAAUGUUUAUGGUUAUGGCUACCAUUCUGAUUCUGUAAGCGAGGAUGAUGCAUUAGUAUACAACGCUCGUGCACCUGCACCUGAAUCUGAAUGUGAAACUGAAACUGAAUGUGAAGUUGAAAGUGAAGAACGUCUAACUGCACCUAAGGGUUCAUGUAAGGUUCCUAAAAAUUUCGCUCAUUCAGAAGUUUUUUGCAUAGUUUAUGGAUCGUAUACGAAUUGCACUCAAACUUGCACCAGAGGUUACAAACUAAAAGGUAAACCAUAUCAUAAAAGAAUACAAGUAUGCUACAAGAGUAGGGGAGUAUGGGGUCCUUCCAAAUCCUUCUCUGACUGUGUGCCUGAAGUUGACUGCAACAUUAAGAUCUCCAGUGGCAGAGCGCAUUGUACUUAUAAUUCCAUAACGCAUCACCCAACGUGUAAAGUACAUUGUAAAGCUACUAAUAUUAAAGAACUUAAGUCCGCAAAAAAAUACAAAUGCAAAAAACAUCCAAAAAAGGACAAAGCACAGUGGAGCCCCAAAUUACCCAAAUGUGCUAAGCCAUCAAAAAAAAAACACUAUCAUGACCAAGGACAUCGCUUCUUGAGCGAUCAUCACCAUUACCAACCAAAAAGAGGCAAAGCUUUGGUAUUGGAGGAGCUUGAAAAAGGAAUGGAGUCCAACAGCAGUGAAUGAGAAAAGGGAUUGGAUAGAGAAGUCCACUCAUUAUUUCAUUAAACAAUAAAAAACUAUCAUUCUUAAA